GGACAUGACGAUGAGCAGACCAGCGUACAAGAUCGACACGGCCCAUCCAGGGUCGGAUCUGGCAGGAGAGACAGCGGCCGCCCUGGCUGCAGCUUCUCUCGUGUUUAAGAAAACGGAUCCCACAUACGCCAACACCCUUCUUACCCACGCCAAACAGCUUUUCGAUUUCGCCAACAAUUAUCGCGGCAAAUACAGUGACUCCAUCACCGAUGCACAGAGUUUCUACUCAUCCGGCGACUACAAGGACGAACUGGUGUGGGCGGCAGCAUGGCUGUACAGGGCAACCAACGACAACACCUAUCUGACCACCGCUGAACAACUGUACAAUGACUUCGGGAUCGGAUACUGGAAUGUUCCUUUCACCUGGGACGCAAAAUCGUCUGGAGCAGUGGCUCUACUGGCUCAGAUCACCGGCAAACAGACUUACAAAGAUUCACUGAAGUCAAUCUGCGACUCGCUCCUUUCUAGACAGAAGACACCAAAGGGUCUCACUUUCAUCGAUCAGUGGGGAUCUCUGCGGAUGGUUUCCAAUGCCGCCUUCAUCUGUGUCCAGGGAGCGGAUCUGGGCAUCAAUGCCGAUGCUUAUCGCCAAUAUGCCAAGCAGCAGAUCGGUUAUAUCCUGGGAGAUACUGGACGCAGCUUCGUUGUAGGGUACGGCACCAAUCCACCCACUCACCCACAUCACAGAUCCAGCUCUUGCCCCGACGCCCCAGCGGUGUGUGACUGGAACACAUACAACAGCGCCAGCCCCAACUUCCACGUCCUGACCGGAGCCUUGGUGGGCGGUCCUGAUAGCAACGACAACUACAAGGACGAACGCAGUAAUUACGUCUCCAACGAGGUCGCCACAGACUACAACGCCGCGUUCCAGGGUCUUCUGGCUUACUUGUUAAAAAAUAACCUGUAAUGUUAAGCGUCAGACCGUUUGUUGCUAUCCGAUGGAUGUUUUCACCAAAUGAAAUCAGCACUGUAAUAUCAAGACAGAAUAUGCAAUAAAAAA